GUCAUAUAUUUCUUAGUUUAUACAGGACACUAGUUCAAUUGGAAUGUUUUUUUCCUUUGUUUUCAUAAAUUAAAAAGAGUGCACGCUUCAUUGCCAAAAACACAAAAACAAAAAAAAAACAAAAAAAAAAUAAAAAAUAAAAAAAAAAUAGAGUUCACGCUAUAUAUUAAAAGAAAAAAGAAAAAAAUAAAAAAGAGAAGAGAGUACAGGCUAUCAUCACUAGCAGAGACACGAACGGAGAAAGUUUUUUUGAAUUUUUAUUUUUUUUAAAUUUUUUUCAACCAUCUAUUGGCAAUGGACUCCUCCGAAGCUCUCCACAGCAACAACGGCAGCAACAACCAUGACAACACGACCACCGCCAAUCACUACCAAAACGUCGUCGUCAUGCGCCAUGGAGACCGCCUCGACAACUUCGAUCCCCUCUGGGUUUCCAAGGCCGCCAGGCCCUGGGACCCGCCCUUGGUCGAUGAGGGCAAGAAACGGGCUUUCGCAACGGGCCAGAAGCUCCGAACCCAUCUGGGCUUCCCGAUCCACCGGGUCUUCGUUUCCCCAUUCAUCCGCUGCGUCCAGACAGCCUCCGAGGUGGUCUCCGGUCUCUCUGCUCCGCUUGACGACGAUUCCAACGGCGUAAGCUGCCGUGAAGACACCAUCGGUCCCUCCAACAUUAAGGUCUCGAUUGAGUACGGACUCUGCGAGAUGCUGAACAGGGAAGCCAUUCGUGCUGAAUCGGCACCUAAAGAUGGGGAAUUUGGUUUCAAAAUCUCAGAGCUCGAACCUAUUUUACCAUCUGGGUCUGUGGAUCACUCUGUUGAACCAGUAUACAAAGAGCCUCCCAAGUGGGGAGAGACGGUGAUAGGUGCAAGAACAAGAUAUGCUAAAAUUGUUCAGACCCUUGCAGAUAGAUACCCAACUGAAAAUUUGCUUCUUGUUACUCAUGGGGAAGGAGUUGGGGUUUCAGUAUCUGCUCACAAGGAAGGUGUCACUGUAUAUGAGGUGCAGUAUUGUGCAUUUGCGGAACUAAGAAGACCCAUCAUCAUCAACAAAGACCAAUCUUCAACUCCAGGAAACUUUGAGGUUCUCACACAAAAUGGACAAACUGGUAUCAGUUUCUGCCCCUCGGAUUCCUCUGCUGUUGCUGUCAAUCAAUAAUCAGAAUGAUUAUUCCCAUCGAUUUGUGUCCCCCUUAUUUUGUCUGCAUCUCCACAGGAAACUCCUCUAUGAUCGAAAUUCUUUGUGUGAGGGUUCCAUAGAGGAUGUGCGAGUUUAAUCAGACAUUGGCUUUUUAUUUGACUUUUAUUUGGAUUUCAUCAUUGUUGUACUGUGUACCUUCCAUGACGGGUUGUGGGAUAAAGAAAGAAAUGGCACAAAAAGCUUUUCUUUUCCUUAUCUAUUUUUCUCUUGAUAAACGAAGUGAAUAAGUGAUAAUGGAUUACUAUGUUUGGAACUUUCUUAUUAAUAAAGUCAAUGGAACUUUAUAGCA